AUGGAAUGGGACCAGGUUCGGCUGUUCGACUCGACCCCAUGCCGCACACACGACCCGCUGUUCGACUUUGACUGUCCACAGUACGUUGAGCUCACCGGCUCGCCGCAGACAACGGCCUUCUUGUCCGGCGACACGGCGCUCGGCUCGCCAUCAACGCCCGAUAGCCGCCGUGGACGGCGCGGCUCGUCAGCCUCGCUACUUUCGCCUUCAUUAUCGCCCGAGUCGCGGGCGGCGGCCGAUGCUGCCCUCGCCGCCGACAACGCCGCCUGGUGGUCGGCGCCGCGCCCGUUCCACGAGCCGUCGCAGACGGCGGCACUGCGCCGCCGCGCCAUGGCCUCAUCGGUCUCGCUCAAGCGGGUAGGAGGCGCCGCCUAUUGCCGCGCAGCCAUCAACACGGCCAGUCCAGCGCCGCAGACGCCGCGCACCAAGCCGCGCCGCGGUGCUGGUGCAGAGAACAACCCCGGCACACCCAUCGCCACACCUGCCGGGAGCCCGUACACUACCCCGCGCCGCAAGACCGGCGCUGGCCGCUCGCUGCUGCGGACGCCGGCCUCGCGGGUCAAGGCUUCGCGGUCGACAGCCCGCAAGCCGCAGCGACCGACCACCAUCGCACUUCUUCGGGCGCGCGCAGCCAACACCCCGUCGCGCCGGGUCCGCUCCGGCCUCACGCCGCACAUCAGCCACACGCAUGCCAAGCCGUCUAUCCGGUUCAACUCGCUGAGGGCAGCCGAGGACGACGACGACGACGACGACGACAACGACAAUGCCCCUGCCGCCGAGCCCGUUGCCAAGGCGCUCAACUUUGCGUAG